AUGUCCGAGUAUUUCUACGUCAAGAUCGGCGGCUACAAUAGGAAAGAACAGAUCCAGCAACAGAUACAGGAGCUGAAGCCUUGCCUGAAGGACUGGGAAACGCGCAAGAGAGAGUCGUCGAGCAGAACAGACCGCCCUGACGAACUCGGGGCACUCAGCAAAGAGCUGCCGCAAGUGCUGUUGGAGCUGAAGGCUGAAGCUGCGAACAUCGACCUGGCUGGCGGGCACGGGAGGCAGGUGUUCAACGCCGUCGUCUCCACCAUCUGGGAAGCCCACUUUCCUCACAUCCAUCUUUCGGAUCAGCAUCGCACGGAGUAUCAAGGCGCACUCGGGUUCAACCAUGUCACGGGACUCAUUAAUCGGAUCAUGCUCGUGACGAGGAAGUUCAUCAUGGGGAACGAUAACGACCUCGGUCUCGACUCGACGCUUAAAUCUACAGGCUUCGCCCACCUCUACAUGGAGGCAAAGUUCCGAGCUCUUACGCCGAAAUUCAUGUCCGCGUUAGGGCGAAAAGGCCACGCGCCUGAUGUCGACCUUAUUUACAGAUCUAUGUGGCGUCUGCGCCGCGAUGAUCGUAGCGUCCCCUUCUCGCAGAACGUGUUGCGGUGUGCUUUAGCUGAGGUCGAAGGUAUAGAGAUCGGAAACCAGUGGCGCCCCCAGGGCGCUCAGUGCGCCUAUGUGCACCCUGGUCUCAUCUUCCGCCUCGCCGAGGCCCAGAAUUUUGAGUGA